GUUCCGGUUCCGGAAUCCGGACCCAGGCCCAGAGCUGGGAGCGCUGCCGUGCGCCAGCAGAUACAGCAUAUGGUCUGUUUAAAGUAAAGAUGUCUUUAAAUUCAUCUACAUUUUUGAACCAAGAAAGCCAUCAGAAAUUAAAAAGGAAUUUUGAAUGUUUGAAAAAUUCACAACAACAGACUACUUCAUCACUUCAAGAUAACCCACUUCAGAAUUUACAGUUAGCAUCCUGGGAAGUUCUUGAAAAGGCCCAAAAGAGUGGGAGAUCAAAGUGCCCAAGAUGUGGUAGUUCAAGGAUGUUUUAUUGUUAUUCAUGUUAUGUUCCAGUUGAAACUGUGCCUACCAAAGAAAUUCCAGUUGUGAAGCUUCCUUUGAAGAUUGACAUAAUUAAACACCCAAAUGAAACUGAUGGCAAAAGCACUGCUGUACAUGCUAAACUCCUAGCACCUGAAGAUGUUACUAUUUAUACAUAUCCUUGCAUUCCAGACUAUGAAGAAAAAAGACAUGAAAUUGCACUUAUCUUUCCUGGUCCUAACUCAAUUUCGGUAAAAGAUAUUAUUCUCCAUCUGGAAAAAAAUGUUGAGAAAAAUGUUAGUUGUGGCAAUGAUGAUGAUUCUUCAGCAGAGCCAUUUCUCAAGAAAGCAAAAAUAGAAACAAAAGAAGAUCGAAACCUAAGUGAAUAUAAAUCAAACAGCAGGAGUGAAGACACUGUACUGAAGAAAGUAAUAUUUAUUGACAGUACUUGGAAUCAAACCAACAAAAUAAUCACUGAUGAGCGACUUCAAGGGUUACUACAAAUUGAGUUGAAAACAAGAAAAACUUGCUUUUGGCGUCACCAGAAAGGAAAGCCAGAUACGUAUCUUUCUACAAUUGAAGCCAUUUAUUAUUUUCUUGUGGAUUAUCACCAGGAGGUUUUAAAAGAGGGCUACAAAGGACAAUAUGACAACCUGCUUUUUUUCUUUUCAUUUAUGUACACACUGAUAAAAAAUGCCAAGAAUUCUGCAGGAAAAGAAUAAGCCAAGACAUCUAUUUGUCUGUAAAUAGCACCAUGUUUGUUUUUCUUCAUCAUAAUUAAAGUGUAGCAAUACAAUUUUUUGUCUAAAUGACAUUUGAGAGUUCAAUAAUAAAACAAAGUAUUACAGUC